AUGCUCGACCAGGAUCGUUGUUCGGUUAUCAUUCACGGUGUCUGCAAAGAGAUCAAUGAAAAAUAUAUUGAAAAGGCAGUACUUAUCAAGAUUGGUCCGCCCACAAGUCCUAGACUAAACCAAAUCACCUGUUUCCUAUCGUUCAAAUUGCGUGAACUUGUCCGAAAUGUCAGUUUUCAACAGAAACUGACAGAAUACGAUAUGCAGAAAUAUUUCAAUCGAUUUGGUGGAAUAAUUGGUUGUGACCAUCCCAAUGACCACGAAUGCAUUCGACAGUUUCAGGAUUACGACACAGUUGAUCAGAUUAUUUUAGAAAAUACAUCUCCUAGAAUUAAUGGAAUAGAAAUUGACAUAGAGGAAACUUGA